UAGUUUUUGAUUGUCACAUAGCUUUUUGCUAAAUCGCUACGCUCAUCACAAAAGAUGUGUAUUUUUGAAUAAAUAAAGUAUUGUAGCAGCAAUCGCGGGAUUUGAAAUGAUCUACCUUAACAUAAAACGAUUUUUAUAAAAUAAAUCCAUUAGUUUGUUAUGUGGUGCUUAAAUAAUAAUUUUGAAUUGACCUAACCUUACAUGCUAUAUUUAUCUGGUAAAGUAACAAGCAUUAUGAAUCCUCAAGUUUGUGUCAAUUGUUUUAACGAAAAAGCCGUAAAUUCAACAACAAACCGACUAGUUACGGAGAGCUGUGGCCAUGUGAAGUGUAUAGAUUGCCUCAUAAAUGAAAAAUCUGGGUGCAUUGCUUGUUUGAAAGAGAAGACAGUUCAAGAACAUGAAAGAAUUCCUGUGGAAGAUAGCUCCUUGCCCUUACACGAUGAUACAGAAGUAGUCUCAACCAAUACUAAAGAGUUAAUAGAACCUCAGGCACCAGAAUUAGACUUAGAUCUUGAGAGUGGAGAUGACAUUGAGGAAGUGAAGAGGUUCAAACCAGACACCUCUCAUAUUAAAAUUGAAAUAGAGGAUGGGAGGAAGCAUUACUUUUGUACAUGUUGCAAGAAGAAAUUCCAAGCACGAACACAUGUCUCGUACCAUGCAUACUGCAACGGACAGGAGAAACCCUACCGCUGCAAUGAGUGUGCAGAGCCAAAGAGUUUUGCAACCCUAACACACUUCAAGUACCACAUACGGGUUCAUCGGAAAGAGAAGAGUUACUCCUGUGAAGUGUGUGGAGCAAUGUUUGUGGAGGCCUCCAAACUGCAGAGGCAUAAGCUUAAACAUACUAAAGUGAAGAACUUCCCGUGCCCAUCCUGCAGCAAAGCCUUCAACAACGGGUCGGCGCUGCGCAAGCACUUGCUCACGCACUCGGAGGAGAAGCCCUACGUCUGCGUGCCGUGCGCGCGCCGCUUCCGAGACGGGUCCAACUACAGGAAGCACAUGCGGAACCAACAUGACGAGCACGGCGCCUCGGAGCGCUGCGUGAGCCCGGGGCGGCGCGAGUUCCAGUGCCCGCGCUGCCCGCAGGCCUUCCGCUCCAAGAAGGACAUGCGCCGCCACAGCGCCGUGCACACCGAUUCAAAGCCAUUCCGGUGUAAAGUGUGCAACCGUCGAUUCAGACGCAAGGACAAUCUGGAGCGUCACAUCCGCAACACUCACCCCGACUACGACACCACCAGUGCCAUAGAGUACGACGAGGACGCGCUCACAGACCAGCCCGCGCCGCCCGCGACCACAGACCAGCCGGUGACAGCUGACAACACCAACGGCGUCGCGCCGCCAAAGCAGUUUGAGACCACAGAGAAAAUCAUCCUCGAGAAACUCAAUCCACUCCCGCCAUUAUCCCCCGACGUCAUCCAGCGCCAUCUACAGUCGCCCGACAUCGCGAAAGACGAAGACCGCAAGAAGGAGAAAUCGUACAUUCUAGAAGCGAACAUAGCUCGCGAGAGCGUGAUAUUCGGGCCGAGCCGAGCGGUAUCGUCUACGGAAAUGAAGGACCCGAAACAGGAGCAUGAAUACGUGCAUAAGAUCAAGAAGCUGAACUGGGCCAAUCAGAAGGACGUAUACUUGCCUCCUGUAGACGCCCGUAAGUGCAUGCAGCUAGCGGCGAAACCGUCACUCACUGAGAUAUGUGAUGCGGCGCCGCCGAGGAAUCUAGAGGUGUAUAAGAAGAUCCUCUACCUAGAACGGCCUGAGCCGGCCAAGAGAAACGGCGCUGAUGUUCAGGAGAAUGGAGGGAAGAGCAAUAGUCCCGAGAUGCAUUGGAAGAGGAAGAUGACUUUUAAUAUUAACUAAACUAAUUGGUGCCAAGCCGAUUUAUCAUGGACACAGCCACUUGGUAAGUGCUGACUGAAAUAAGUACAUAUAUUAUUAUUAAUUGUAAACCAACAAAAUACUAUUAUAGUAUAGUCAUGAUUUAUUAUUGUUUUAAAUACAUUAAAAAAAUCUGUAAUUUGUUCAUUUAUAAUCGAGAUAUAAAUCAAUAUCUUCUCUAUAUAUUUAUAACCCUGAAGUUUUAUACUUUUUAUUGUACUUGGAUGCCGUUUUACCAAUUUUAUGCCUUAUAACAACGACAGUAACCUAUUGA